AUGUCUCUUUCUUCUGAAGGUUCCUCCUCCAUCUCCUCCUCAAACAAACACUGUAAUCCUGCGUCCUUUUCUCUCCCUCUGAACCCCAUCAUUUCGCUCCGCCGCUCGGUCUCCUGUUUAACCCUACCUGCUGGCCGGCGUUUCCAUGGCGACGGCAGCCAUUCUGCGGCGGCGGCGAGCUAUGGUUUAUUAGAUCCCCGGUCACACGCGGCGGUCAGGGAGAAACGCAUCCGUCCACCGCAGGCCAAUAACCACGGAAUGAGACAGUUGAGUGAGAGGAGUGGGCUUUCAGAAGAGAGCGGGACCGGAGGCAGCUGCCCGCCCGUGAGCAGCUCCACUCCGUUUCCAUCCUCCACAGACCGCGCACUCCAGGACAGCGUACGCAAUGACCCCACAACGCGUGCCCUCCGUGAAGACCGUAUGAGAUCCCGGAUCCCGUGCGUAACGUGGAGGGAAUUUGGAAACGAGACGCUAUUUGAAUUGAAGAGCCACGACUCCGUGAAGCUGAUCAAGUUCGCGGACGACACCACCCUCAUUGGACUCAUCUCCAACAACGAUGAGUCCGCCUACAGGAGGGAGGUGGACCGGCUGGUGUCCUGGUGCAGUGGUAACAACCUGGAGCUGAACGCCCAGAAGACAGUGGAGAUGAUUGUGGACUUCAGGAAGAGCACUGUCCCCCCACCCCCACCCUCCGUGAUGGACUCCCCCAUCAGCUCUGUGGAGUCCUUCCGUUUCCUGGGCACCACCAUCACCCAGGACCUCAAGUGGGAGCCGACCAUCAGCUCCCUCAUCAAGAAGGCCCAGCAGAGGAUGUACUUCCUGCGGCAGCUCAGGAAAGCCAAGCUGCCUGCACAGAUGUUGGUGCAGUUCUACACGGCCAUCAUUGAGUCCAUCCUCACCUCCUCCGUCACCGUGUGGUUCGCUGGAGCCACAGUCAGGGACAAACAGAGACUACAGCGCAUUGUGCGCUCUGCAGAGGAAGUGAUCGGCCGCAGCCUUCCAUCGCUGCAGGACCUGUUCAUCGAGUUUGAGACGCGUUCUGUUCUCGUUGCUCUGAGUAGCACCGGUCGAUUCGACGGUGGCUGCGUCCAAAUGGGAUUUCAGUUUGAGACGUCGUGCUGA